AUGGCUGAGCAGAUUAACUUAUCUUCUAGAUCCUCGAGUGAUGAAAACGACGAAACGAACUGCUCGGCGAUGCUCCUUGAUCUUGAAGCUCUUAAUUGUCCUAUUUGCUUUGACGCUCUCACUAGUUCUAUCUUCCAGUGUGACAAUGGACAUAUAGCUUGCUCUACAUGCUGUGACAAACUAAUGAACAAAUGCCCUUCUUGUGAUUCUCCUGUUGGUCAAAUUCGUUGCCGUGCGAUGGAGAGAGUUAUCAGUGCAAUCAUUGUCCCAUGCCCAAACGCGAAGCUCGGUUGCACCAAGAGUUUCUCUUAUGGGACAGAAUUAACUCAUGAGAAAGAAUGUGCUUUCUCUCGAUGCUACUGCCCUGCAGAGAAUUGUGAUUACACUGGCUCUUACAAGGAUAUAUACUCUCACUUUGAUGUUCACAAGGGCGAAGCAAGAUACAACUACCAGUUUCUUUUCGACGAAUAUUCUAUAAUAAACUUUGAAUUGACUGAAUUUACUUCAGUUGUUUUGAAGGGACAUGAGGCUGGUAUAUUGUUUGUCGUGCAGUGUUUCAGUGAGCCACAUGGUGUUUGUGUGACUGUGAGUUGUAUAGCUCCUUCAGUUCUAGAAGUUGGUCACGAGAGUUCGGAAACUGAGGUUGGAAAACCCUGA